UAAUGUUAUGAUUUUUUUUAUUUUUAAAAAAGAAGUGAUUUGAUGGACACUAAUUCUUGAAUACCUUUGCUUUGCUUUCAUGCUUUAGCUUUUCCACCUGGCCCCAUCUUUACUCUUAACAAUUCUGUUGUAACACAAACUUUCAUCUCUGUUCAUCUUCAAUCUUCCCCUGCAAAAGUCUGAAGCAACUUCUUUUCUUUUCAGCCAUUAAAUAACCAGAAACACAAGCCCACUUAACUCAUAGAUAAUGAGAAGAGUGCUGUCCAAGUGACAGAGAAUUGAAGUGAAUUUCAAUAUCUUGAUGGGUAAACACAGGUUUAGAUUCUCAGAUAUGAUCCCAAAUGCCUGGUUUUACAAGCUCAAAGACAUGAGCAAGACCAGAACUUCACAUUUCUCUUCUCAUCCUAAUAACAAAAAAAUCCUACCAAAAUCAAAUUCAACUUCACAAAAUCCUCACAUUUCCUUCCCAAGGUACUCUUAUUACUUCACCACACAACCCAUCAAACCAGAAAAAUUAUACAAUUCUCCUGUCAAGUCCAAAGCCUCUGAUACACAUUUUCCUGAUCCUUCCACCAAGAAAUACACUAAAAGAAAAACAAUUUACAAACCUUCUCCCAAACAUUUCUCUUCCAAUAAUGUGUCAACUUAUUGUGCCUCUCAUUAUUUUAAGUCUCCAGAUGACUCCUGUAUUUCUUCUGCUGAGAGCUCCAAUGAAGCUAAUUACUUCCCUGAAAAUGAUUCCGAGGACGACAGCUUUUGUCACUGUGAACUCACUUCUUCAACUACCGAUAUAAUCAUCGACCCCAAUGAAAAAAAGUUUCUUUCCAGGAAAGUCAAGAAGCUUAAUGGGUUCGACACCAUUUCAGAAAUGGAGCUUCCUCCAAUAUUAACAAAGCCACCAAAUGCUAAUCACCAUUUUCCUGUGAAGAUUGUGGAGGAAGAAAGUGUGAGGACUCAAAAGGAGCAUAGAAACAAGGCUGCUGUUAUCCGAAAGUUGUGGUCAUCGAAUUCUCCAGGGAUGAAGCUAAGAGCAAAAGCGAAUUCUCCAAGAAUUGGAAGCAAGAAACUUCAAGCUGCUUGUUCAAGAAAGAGCAUAUCUAGACACAUGGGGUAUUCGGAGAGCUUUGUGGUGGUGAAAUCGUCGGUUGAUCCGCAAAGAGAUUUUAAGGAUUCAAUGGUGGAAAUGAUUGUGGAGAAUAAUCUUCAAAAUUCCAAGGACUUGGAGGAUCUUCUUGCUUGCUAUCUAACGCUGAAUUCCAAGGAAUAUCAGGAUGUCAUUGUCAAGGCAUUCGAGGAAAUCUGGUUUGAUAUGACUAAUCUUCGCUUGUAAAUUAAUUUAUUAAUUCGCAAAUAAUUUGUUAUAUAAAUUUUAGAUGUAAGCUUCUUCUUCUUCUUCUUCUCUCUGUUUUCUUAUGUACUUUUUGGCUCAGGUAAGUUGAAGAUAUGCUAAUAAUAUUGUUUAGAAGAGUUCAUUGCAAUUGCAGAGCCCUGCAUUAUUAAGGC